AUGAUACAUAUCCUAAUCUCAUGCAGUCAUAUAAACCAUGUUCAUACUCUUAGAUUCCGUUUUCCUUUACACGAUUUUCCUCAGGACCACAAGGGUUUUGGUGGCAACAUGAGCUGCGCUGAUUUUUGGGGCCCUUUGUCGAGUUGGGAUGAUGUGGGGCAAAUGGAUAAAAAGUUCGUGUGUGGAUGGGCAGCGAAAGAGGACAGUACUGUUGCAGAGACCGAAGAUGACAUACAGGAGGCAAAAAGAAAAGUUCAUAAAACAAUAACAAGGAUGUCUGAUGGCAAAUUGAGUCGAAAGAUAUUCAUGGUUGUAAUCGGAGCUUCUUUUUGUGUACUUGUAGCAUUUGUCCUACCAAAACAAGAGGCAUCGCGUUGGGUAGUUGACCCUGAGCAUUUAUCCAGAGCAAUGAAGGAUAUAUUUUUUGGUGCCUUCUUCGCCUGCCCAUUGACACAGCAGCUUUCAUUCAAAUCAAUAAAAAAAUUAAUAAAAAGAUUCUGGCUUCAAAUGUCAGAUUUUGCCCCUACCUUGUUGCGUAUCUGGCACUCAUGGUAUUACCUUCAAAGUUGGAAAUUUUUUGGAAAAAGAAAAGAUAGAAAUCCGAGUAAGAAACAAUGCGUAACUUUCAAUGAUGUGGAAGGAGUUGAUGCUGCCAAGGCUGAACUUCUCGAGAUUGUCUCAUGCAUUAAAGGAGAUAGUAAAUAUAUGAAACUUGGGGCAAAAUUACCACGUGGGGUUCUGCUUGCGGGUCCCCCGGGAACCGGAAAAACAUUGUUGGCCCGUGCAGUGGCCGGAGAAGCUGGCGUGGCGUUUUUCUCGAUGUCUGCUAGUGAAUUUGUCGAGAUUUUUGUUGGUAACGGGGCUGCCCGUGUUCGAAAUCUUUUCAGCGAUGCCAGAAAACGUUCACCGUCUAUUAUUUUCAUUGAUGAGAUAGAUGCUGUUGGAGGGCAUCGUGGAAUAUCUUUCAAUAGUGAACGUGAUCAAACUUUAAACCAGCUUUUGACUGAGAUGGAUGGAUUUGAGAAGGGUGCAACUGUGGUGGUUAUAGCGGCUACUAACAGACCAGAGUUGCUGGAUUCUGCCUUGAUUAGACCGGGUCGGUUUUCCAGGAAAGUGGUUGUGGGUAAACCGGAUGAAGAUGGAAGAAGAAAGAUUUUUUCUUUAUAUUUACAAAAGGUGCCCAUGGGCAAGGAGGACAAACAAGUCAUUUGUGACCUUGUUGCUUCACGUACGUCGGGGUUAGUUGGGGCUGAUCUUGAAAAUAUAGCUCAUGAGGCUGUAAUGCUUGCAGGUCGUAGAGGUGGUGAUUUUGUGACCAAGGAGGAUGUUCUUCAAGCUCUUGGGAGGGCCACAACGAAGAUUUGUAAUGACGAUACUACAGUGAAGCUAAGUCACCGUAUUUGUUUGGACAAAUGGCACUAG